AUGUUUCCAGUAUUAUUUAGCGUUCGCGAAUCUCCACACUUCAUAUGGGGUCUGUUCCAUGCUACUGAAUCGUUUUCCACUGCAAACAUUGGUUCUUCGCUCACGUUCAUUGGCAGUUUCUUCGACAAAGCCAAACGAUAUUUGCAGAUGGCUCAGCAGAAUGCAGCAGUAUCAAAGGAUAAGUCCGGCAAUAUCGUCUUGAAGAUCUUAGCAAAACCCGGUGCGAAAGUGAGCGCUGUGACA